CGACUUGACACUCACUCGUCAGACCGGAUAAGAUCCCCGAUGCAGAAUUUUGGACAGUUGAGAUGGAUAAGCAGAAGGCUUCUCAAUUUAAAAGCAACCGAAAAAUGCUUUUGUAUGAAGCCUCAUAACUAUGUAAUUAAAUCACUAAAUUACAGUCACUGUCAAUAUCUCAUAAGUAGAAAUUUUGCUGUCAGUAGAAUGAUGGCAGCAGGUGGGGAAACUGGUCAGAGCAACAAGAAAAGAAAUCGACUGGCAACAGAGCUAUCUCCAUAUCUGUUACAACAUGCAGCCAACCCAGUGGACUGGUAUCCAUGGGGUCAAGAAGCAUUUGACAAAGCGAAACAAGAGAACAAGUUGAUUUUUCUGUCUGUUGGCUACUCUACUUGUCAUUGGUGUCAUGUGAUGGAACGGGAGUCGUUUGAGGAUGAGGAAAUUGGUCGUAUCCUGAAUGAUAACUUCAUCUCCAUCAAAGUAGACCGGGAGGAGAGACCCGAUGUGGACAGAGUCUAUAUGACAUUCAUUCAGGCUACUGUAGGAGGGGGAGGCUGGCCUAUGAGUGUGUGGCUGACACCAGAGCUAAAACCAUUAUUUGGGGGAACCUAUUUUCCUCCAGAUGAUAGAUAUUAUGGUCGUCCAGGGUUUAAAACAGUGCUGAACACCAUUACAGAACAAUGGAAAACAAAGAGAACUGUAAUAGAGGAACAGUCCUCUGUUAUAUUGAGGACCCUCCAGGAGGGAACCAGUGCCUCUGAGGCCCCUGGUCAGGCCCUCCCAGACCUCAAGGCCUGCACAGAGAACCUCUAUUAUCAGCUUGAAAGGUCUUUUGAUCAAGAGGAGGGUGGAUUUUCCAAGGAACCAAAGUUUCCUCAACCAGUCAACUUCAAUUUCCUUUUCCGUAUGUAUGCCAAAUGCAAGGACACAUACAGUGAAAUGGCAAAAAGCAGUUUGGAGAUGGCAACCUUUACCCUGACAAAGAUGGCUAAAGGAGGAAUAUUUGAUCACAUAGCUAAGGGCUUUCACAGAUACUCUACGGAUGCAGCCUGGCACGUCCCUCAUUUUGAGAAGAUGUUGUAUGAUCAAGGUCAGCUGCUGUUUACCUAUGCUGAGGCUUAUCAGAUCACGAAACAGGAUGAAUUUGCAGUAGUCAUUAGAGAUAUCGCAGAAUAUGCCAUGAGAGAUUUGUUACAUCCUGCGGGGGGAUUUUACAGUGCGGAAGAUGCAGACUCCCUACCAACAGCUGAGAGCACCAAGAAGAAGGAGGGGGCAUUCUGUGUGUGGACAUUUGGUCAAAUAGAGGAAGUCUUAGGGGAGAAGGUCAAUGACAGCCUCACUCUGGCACAGGUUUUCUGUCAUCACUUCUGUGUCAAGGAGAAAGGGAAUGUUAAUCCAAUGAAGGAUCCUCAUGAUGAGCUGAAAAACCAGAAUGUGCUGAUUGUCGAAGGAUCUCUAGAAGAUACAGCCAAAAAAUUAUCGCUAAGUCCUGUUGAAGUAAAUGAAAUUCUGGAGAAAUGUAGAAUUCUUUUGUACAAGGAAAGGCAGAAACGACCCAAGCCACAUCUUGAUGACAAAAUUGUCGCCGCUUGGAAUGGUCUGAUGAUAUCAGGACUGUCCAAGGCUGGCCAAGUCCUGAAAGAGCCUGUCUUUGUGGAUCAGUCCAUCAAGACGACCACUUUUCUGAAAGCCCACAUGUAUGAUGAAGACAGCACCACUCUGUACAGAACCAGCUAUGUGGAGGAGAAUGACAUUACUACUGGGUCUACCCCAAUUGAGGGAUUUGUUGACGAUUAUGCCUUUGUCAUUCGAGGUCUCCUGGACCUUUACGAAGUUUGCCACGAUGACACAUGGGUGGAGUGGGCGGAGCAAUUGCAGGAGCGACAGAAUGCCUUGUUCUGGGACAGUGAGGGAGGGGCCUACUACAGCAAUAGUGGCAGGGAUGCCUCCAUUGUUCUCAAACUCAAGGAUGAUCAAGAUGGUGCUGAACCAUGCUCUAAUUCUGUUGCUGUUAGCAACCUGGCCAGGCUAGGAACACUACUGAACAGACAGGAUUAUCAUGAAAAAGCUGCUACGAUUCUGAGAGUAUUUUAUGAGAGAGUGACAAAGAUUCCCAUUGCUGUUCCAGACAUGAUCUGUGGACUGAUGCUGGUGCAAGACACUCUGAAGCAGAUUGUGUUGGUGGGAGACCCAGACUCAGAUGAUCUGAAUGCACUGAAGGACUGUGUUGACAAACAUUAUAUACCUAACAAAGUUACAAUUAUUGCUGAUGGCAAGAGUAACCAGUUCUUGCAGGGAAAACUUGAAUUCUUGAAUACCUUAACAAAAAAGGACAACAAGGCAACUGCUUAUGUAUGUGAGAACUAUGCUUGUGAACUCCCUGUGACAUCUGUGUCAGAUUUAGAAAGGCUUUUAAAUGUCAAGGAAUGAUUCAGCUUUGUAAAACAAGCUCCAUAUCACAGGCUAUAACAGACUACUUCCUGUAGAGGAGGCCUGGAUGAUGCGAGGAGGGUGUGUUUGCUCAGUUUUUGUGGAGUACUUUUCUGAUUGUUAAAAUUACCUAAACUGAAUUGAAGAAAUUUUGAUAAACAAUGAAGCAAGCAAUCUUGUAGCUAUAGAAGGAGUUUGACCUUAAAUAUGCAAUGUCAUGAAUACUGUACAUUGAGCAAAUUAAGCAGAUAUUCUGUAAUAUUGAAAUGUUUCUGAAUCUGAUUCAAUGUCUGAUAUUUAGUUCCUUGUAUAUACAAUGUACAUGUAUCUCCCAAGACAUUUUGUUUUAUGGAUAUUAUUUUGGAGUGUAGUGUAUGGAAAUAAUUCUAACUGUGAUAUUGAAAUACUAAAUAAAACAACUUCAUGUAUUAAAA